ACUCCUUUGAAACAAGCUAGAAUGAAACGGCGCUCAGAGGCUGGGUUAGCAGCCUAUGAACAGGCAAGGAACAGCCGGCUCGGGGAAUACAACAAUGUGCCACCCAGCCCUUUCGCAGUGAACCUCCUCCCGGAGAAAUUCUCCGAGACUGAAGCGGCGGCCGCAGGAAGAGGAGGCGCCACAGCCGCCUGAUUUUGGCACGGGGUCCGUCGGAAAAGUUUCGUAGCUCCCCGCCGGAUCCUCCUCCGCUGCUCGCCUCUCUUCCUUGUUCUUGGGGGUUUACCGCAGAGUCCCGUCAACACGCCGCAAGGGGCAAACGGCCUGCGAGGAGCCAAAGCGCCGCCUCAGCCGUCAUGUCGCAGCCAACGAAAGGCAAGAAGCAACCCACCAAAGAGCAUGGAAGUAAAAAUGCAAGUGGAGCAUCAAAAGAGAAGAAAGGAGCAGAAGCAACUGAGAAGAGAACUGUAAUUACUAGCAAAAGUGAAUCACCCAAAAGCCAGACCAGUGGAGUUUCUUCAGUUAAUAAGGCCCAGACUUCUGUUGCAUCAAAGACGUCAACUAUGAAACCUGCUGAAGCAAAGGCUUCCUCAAGCCAACAGCAGACACGUGGAGUGGACUCCCAGAAAAGAAAAAGAAACAGGAAGAAGGCAACACCAAAACCAAAGGCAGAACCUGAAAAAGUACUACAGGAUAAAAAGGCAGAUGAAUCCCAACCUGUCGCUCCAGUUGAAGGGAAGCAGAGAGAUCCUGGAGGGGCAAAAUGUUCAAGCAAAGAUUCUUUAGGGAAGGAGCCUAAGCAACCAAGUUUGGGAAAAGAAGCCGCUGCUCAAAAUGCCAAGUCAACACAGUUGGCAACAACUGAAGAAGGAAAGGCUAACACUGACAACAAACCAUUGGCUUCCAAGGUAGCUGUUGGCACAGCUGGAACAGUUACAGCUGCUGCUUUGACUGCUACAACUGCAGAGACUAAAGAAGACAAACGGGCAACUCCUGCCCCAGUUACUGCAGACAGUAAACCAGCAGAAAAGUCUGAUUUAGAUACUGCCUUAGAUGAUUUAAUAAAUACACUUGGAAGUCCUGAAGAAAAUGAACCACCUGCUCCGACAUAUACUGGACCAGAAGUUUCGGACCCAAUGUUGUCCUUAAACAUAGAAGAAUUGGGCAAACGGGAGAGCACAAUUCCUCCAGAAUACAGGAAAUUAUUGGAGAGUAAAGGUGAUGGUAAAAUAACUUCUCCAUCGGUUGCAGUAGGAGAAUCACAGCCAACAAUGACAGACGAUGACCUUGCAGAUGCUCUGUCAUCUGAUUUCACUUGCACUAUUGUACCAUCUGCUGGAGAAAAGGAAGUCAGGCCAAAAGAGCCUGCAGCAAAAGAUGAGCUUUUACAAGCCCAUUCUACAACAUCGGUCAGCAGUUCGGCUCCUCCCAAAGAGAAGAAACCAAAACUGGAAGAGGUGACAAUUAGUGAUAGUGCCCUGGAUGCUCUUGUGGAUACACUUGGUAUGCCAGAACCUGAACCUGAAGAAGAUACUAGUUCCAUCGUUGAAGUUGAAGAGCCAAAGGCCGUAGAAAGGAAAGAAAAGAAACCCGGUGAACGUGAUGAUACAAUUCCUCCUGAAUACAGAUUAAAACCAACCUUGGAUAAAGAUGGGAAACCACUGUUGCCAACACCCGAAGAGAAACCAAAGCCAAUUACUGAGACUGAACUCAUUGAUGAAUUUUCAAAAGACUUUGUCUGUCCUGCUUCCUCCACAGAAAAAUCAAAACCAGCUGAACUUGCUGACAAAUCUAAGAAACCUGUGGCAGAUGAGCCCUCCAAAACUCCCAAAGAAAAAGUAGCUGCAUCUCCUAUAGCUCUUCCUGUGCAACCUUUGGCUCCAUCAAAAGUUUCACCAAAGCCCGAGUCAACUAAGCCCCAGAACACAUCUGCAGAAGAAGCUGUCUCAGCUUCAACUGUGCCUUCUGUGAAAUCUUCAGCUCCUACAGUCACUUCUCCAAGCACACAAGCAACUAAUGAAGCACUAGAAGCCUUAUCUGGAAGCCUAGGAAAAAAUGAACCUGCUCCAGAAGAAAAAAAACCUGCGGUGGAUAAAGUUAAAGAAAAAUCAAAAAAAGAGAAACAUGAGAAACUUGGGGAAAAGGAAGAGACCAUCCCUCCGGAUUACAGAUUAACUGAAGUAAAGGAUAAAGAUGGGAAGCCACUUUUGCCAAAACCUGAAGAAAAGCCUCAGCCCCUGAGUGAAAGUGAACUGCUUGAUGCUUUGUCUGAAGGGUUUUCUUGUUCUGCACCAGCAUCAACAACAGAAACACCAUUGAAAUCUACAGGUCCUAGCAAGCCUGCUGUUCCUGCAGAAGAGGUGAUUUCUGCUGCUGCUGCUUCUGCUGUGCAUUCUUCUGUUCCAAAAGAAGCCGUCCUCCCAGGUAGGAAAGAUCUUGACGAUGCUGCAGACCUUCUUGCUGACACACUGGGACAAAGAGAGCCUGACCCAGAUGAAAACAAACCAUUUUUGGAUAAAGUAAAGGAAAAAGCCAAAGCUGAACAUUUGGACAAACUUGGAGAAAGAGAUGAUACAAUCCCUCCUGAAUAUAGACAUCUUCUGGAUUCAGAUGAAAAGGGUAAACCUAUAAAGCCAAAAGAUAAAGAUGGUGAGAAACCCAAAGAACAAACGAAGCCAGACAGUGACUCAGCAGCCAUUGAUGCUCUUUCUGGGGAUUUCGACCAUUGUGUUAAACCUGUUUCCCAGCCACCUUCAACAAAGGAGGAGAAAUCAAAAGGUGCUGCCUCAUCUAAACCUAGGAAGGAGGAAAAGAAAUCCAAAACACCCAAGAAGGCAAAAGAGCAAUCUUCCACUGCAAAAUCUGAAAAACAAAAAAAAAGUUAAAUGUCAUCAGGGAUCCAUUGUUGUACACUUGAAGUAACAGAUGGAUAACCUACAUGAAGCAUCAGACCCCUUUUGCAGUCCCUGGAGGCCUUUCCUGAAAAUAUCAGCACCAAAAUACAGAGGCGCAUUUUUGCCUUGUUUCUUACAAAUAACAAGCAAAAUCAAAUCAUUCACAAAAGAAAUAAGUUUGCUCUCUCUGGUGAAAAUAGAUCACUGCCAUAAUCCUUGAAGUUGGAAUAAAUCAUUUAAAAAAACCAUUUUCUCCCUGUGACUGUUGUUGGCUGUCCCUGAGCUAAUUUUUUCUACAGACCUCUGGUUAAUUUUGAAGCAUACUGCAAAAGAUAAGUUCAGAACUACAGUAAGAACUCUUUCCCAGCCGCUUGGAAAGAAUGAGAGAAUGAGUGUGCCCACUGCCACCAUCCAGCCUUUGCUUAUGCCCCAUCGGGUAGCCUGAUAAAAAAAAACCAACAACCCUUUGAUAUUUGUUUUUAAAAAGUCUGCUAGCCUUUUUAAUGAAACACUAGUUUUAGGAACAAAGCAAAUUUGAUUAAACAAGGAAAUUAUGUUCAGUAAGAGGAUUCUAUUUAUAAGAAACAUCAUAGGUGCAAUGUUAUGUUCUUAUAUCCUGGCUUUUGUUUUUGUAUCGAGUCACAAAGUUGAGAUGAACAGCUCUAUAAAUUCUAUAUUAUUGGUUAGUUUAAGUUUAAAUCAACGCUGUUUAUCCUGCUAAUCUAAAUAUUUUAGUUUUUUGAUUUAAAAUUCCUGCCUCAGCUGUUGAAUGUUAUGACACACUUCCUUUUAAGAACAGAACAUAUUUUUAUCUUUUCAGAAUGUUUAUCACCAGCGUGAAAAUUUUUUAUUUUGAUGGAUAGCUGUAUUUGAACAAAAGCAGUUUUGCAAAAAGAUAGCAUCUUGGACAUUUUAUGAUAUUGGGCUACGUUGGCAUGCAAAGCAUUUAUUUUGCUAUUUUCAAGGAUGAACUCACAUUUUCUAGGCACUUACUUUAUUGUCUGUAUUAUUGUCAUUUUCUUAAGUUUUGAGAAGAAAAGAAUGCUUUAUAUUUGUAAGAAAGAUAUUUCUUAUGGAUUUAAUAGGAGUGAAAUAUGCAAAAUUUUGCACAUAAUCUACCCACAGUGCCUGUAAAUCUCAGUGAAUUUUGCUAGUUUGUUAUAAAAGGAAUGCUUUAAAUAUGACUUUGGUUGCCUUCUUAGGCCAAUUGCCUAUGAGUAUUUUUGCUGGAGAAUUGUUAGGGGAAAAUGAGUAAAUAGUUGCAAAGUUUUCAAAAUUGGAGCAGAGUAGAAGCUUCUACGUUGCAGCCUUGGCUUCUUAUCAAAUAACGAACAGUGCCAUUCCCUAAAACCUGCAUCGUAUAAAAAGCAUUUGUGCUAAAUCUGUCAUUGGUUUCCUGGGAAAGAUAGAGAGAAAAGUAACUAGUACUUUUCCCACCAACCCUCUCCCCCAAAACUGUUCUAUACUAUCUGCUUUACUCUGAGCAAUAUGUAACACAAGAGCCGAAAACAUAGGAUGGCAUAAUAACCAUCCAUAGAAUUGAGAACAUGCAAAGAAUCCUUAUCCUUGUUUUUCAAACUAAGCAACUUUUGAGAUAUGUGCCUUUCAAUUCCUUUGAUUUCCCAACCAGGUAUUCUGGGAUUUAAAGUCCACACAUCUUAAAGUUGUCAAGUUCAAGAAACACUGUCCUAGAGUAUAAAUACACAGCACAGCUGAUUUCAUAAUAAUUCUUAAUCAAAUUUAAGUGCUUUCCUUUCUUAAGUAUUCCAUGCAGGGUAUGUGAGAGAUGGAUAUAGUUCCAGAUUCAGAUGUGCUUUGAAAUCCAUGUUAAAAUUAUCACACCUGUUCUUAGGCAGCUGACUCUAUAAACUAAACCAACCUUAGUUGCUCCAGGAAUCUUAACUGUGUGAUUCCUUUUCACCUGCAUGGGAUUAAAAGAAAGAGCAUGGUGUUUUCUAUCACAAUGUUUACUUUUUUCAAAUGGAUUCAAUAAAAGAUUUCCUUGUGGAUUACAUCUUUCAUACUGAAGACAAUGAGACUGUCCUUAAUUACAUGUAAUGUCAAUACUGAACUGUACUUGACAUUUUAAUGUGGCACACUAAUAAACAUUUUAUGUAUUACUUUA